AGUAAUACUGUGUCCAAGGAGAUAAAAUACAAAGAAUACCUUGUUUAUCAGAUGUAGGCAAACGGGUAGGUGCACAUUUGGGAUGAACUUUGAGAAGAUGGGAAGGAACAAAACACUAUUUAUCAGUUUGGAGGUAGGUGCAGUGGUUUACCUUGCCCAACCCAUCUGAAACCUGAAUGCACCAGGAGAUGCUAGUACUUUGUAGAAGACAAGAAGAUACUUACUGUGUAAAUACAAUCUCUAGAUUGAUAAGUGGUUGUGAUAGCCUCUCUUCUCCCUUGCUCUGUUGGGUGGUAGAGGAGCUGGAUUUCUCAGAAUGGGUAAAUCUCUGCAUAUGCCUCAUCUGUGCCACUCAUUGCACACUUGGGUCACUUCACGAGUACUGGUGAAAACAUGUCACUGAUGGGGAAGGUGACACAUUCUGUCCUUGUGCAGAAUCAGUCAUAGCAUCUGCUUUGCACAGUGGCAUGAAAUUGCUCUUGAAAAGGACUUUAGAUAUGCCCUCUAUAAGGACAUUUAAAACUUGCCAUUAUGCCUCAGUAAGAGACAUCUGUGGCACUAAGACACCUGCCAGACAUCACUGGUAAAACUGCCCAUCCAUGCUGCUAACAUGAUCCAGGUUUUGCUUUAGGAGUGAGGGAGCUAGAAUCAAGUGACGACUGAUGUAUUCUCAAUCAUCAUGUAGCUCAGUGUCCAAUAAAAGUGUUUAAGAAAAAGUCAAAACUGGAAGGAAAAAAUUAAGUAAUUAUCACAGGGAAAAUCUGUAAAUCUUUUUUGCUUCUUUUAUCAAAGCAAGAAACAUCAUCUUAAUAUAUGCAUGGUGAGACUAUGUCUGAGAAAUUUCCUUUCACAGAUGCUGUAAUCAACCUUCACUGGCACCCAGAGCAAGCAGAAGCAGCAAGUCCUGUAAACAGAAAUACACAUUUUCCUUGAAAGCUCUUUAUUGAGAAAACAUUCAUAUUAUCAUUACUCAGAGUAUACAUAAACCUAGAUCUGAAUAUCAGAUGUAGAAUUAAAGUGUAUAACUUGAGCCAGAGCUAUAGGCCUCCAUUUUGCCAUUCAGCUUGAAGCUGUGGUUUUGUUAACACUUAAGUCUCCCAUAGCCAGUGAUCCUGGCACCAAGAGGUGUUCCAUAUCCUGUGAGUUAUGAAAUGAUGAUGCCAUUGCCAAGGAAAAGGCUUGCUGCCCAGACUCUCCAAAGAGAAAAUAAACCUAAAUUACAGCCUCUAAAGCUGGAGGAGGAAAGAGAUCCUGAUUUCAGCCACUUUUUUGACACCAGUCAUGUUCUAAUUGAUGUGACUCUCAUAAGCACACAACAAAAAGAACAAUGAAGGACUAUUCUGCAAAUUCCACAGAAGAGAACCUCUCCGAUCCUGAAUCUGGAAGCAAGGGGUGUGAUGAUCCUUCUUUCCAGCAUGAAGAACAUGUAGAACAAAUCGAUCAGUUAGAGCCCAAGAAGGAAAUGAAGGAAGAUGAGAAGCCAGAGAAACGAAUGGUUGGCGUUUUUGAAUUGUUUCGCUAUGCUGAUGGGGUGGAUGUCCUGUUGAUGAUAGUUGGUUUGGUUGCAGCGGCUGCAAAUGGUACUGGAAUGCCACUUAUGAUCAUUAUCUUUGGAGAGAUGACAAACAGCUUUGUGCUAAGUGGCGUGCAAUCCAAUGGUAUUUCAGCAAACAAUUCCAGCUCCCCAUCAGAUACAGGUGUGGAUAUAGAAGCUGAAAUGACAAAGUUUGCUUACUACUACGUGGCAAUUGGCUUUGCUGUGUUGAUCCUGAGCAUCAUCCAAGUGUGGACAUUUUUGGUUGCUGCUACAAGGCAAACCGCAAGGAUCCGGCAGAAGUUCUUUUUUGCAGUGCUCCAUCAGGAGAUGGCUUGGUUUGAUACUACCCAGAUAGGAACACUGAACACCAGACUGACAGAUGACAUCAACACCAUCCGUGGAGGCAUCGGAGACAAGAUCAGUAUAUUUCUGCAGUUUUUUUCCACAUUUGUGUCAGGGCUUAUUAUAGGAUUCAUCUACGGGUGGAAGCUGACCCUGGUGGUUAUGUCAGUGAGCCCACUUCUUGCUGCAUCAGCAGCAGUUUGGUCAACUCUCUUGGCAUCCCUUACUGCUAAAGAGCUGUCUGCUUAUGCUAAAGCAGGAGCUGUGGCAGAAGAAAUUUUGACAGCAAUCAGGACUGUUGUGGCUUUCAAUGGACAGCAAAAGGCAUUAGAGAAAUAUGAUGCUAACUUAGAGAUGGCUAAACGUGUUGGAAUGAAAAAAUCCAUUACCACUAACACAUGUCUAGGUCUUUCACAAUUUUUUAUCUUUGGAUCCUAUGCCCUUGCAUUUUGGUACGGGACCAAGCUCACUGCUGAGGAUCCACAUUAUGACAUCGGCCGUGUGUUAAUUGUGUUCUUCUCUGUGCUUGUCGGAGCUUUCUCCCUGGGCCAGGCAGCUCCUAACCUGGAGAGUAUGGCCAAUGCACGUGGGGCUGCCUAUGAAGUAUAUAAGAUUAUCAAUAAGAAACGGCUCAUAGACAGCAGUUCUAAGGAAGGUUACAAGCCAGAAAAACUCAUAGGAGAAAUUGAAUUCAGAAACAUCCAUUUCAGUUACCCUUCCAGACCUGAUGUUAAAAUACUCAAAGGUCUAAACUUGAAAGUUCAAACUGGGAAGACCAUUGCUUUAGUUGGUGCCAGUGGCUGUGGAAAAAGCACUACUGUUCAGCUGCUGCAGAGAUUCUAUGAUCCUGACCAGGGAGAAAUUACCUUAGAUGGUCGGGACAUUCGGACCCUUAAUACAAAGUGGCUACGAGAGAACAUUGGCAUUGUGAGCCAAGAGCCUGUUUUGUUUGCAACCACAAUAGCUGAGAACAUUCGCUAUGGCAGAGAGGACAUUUCUGAUGCUGAAAUUGAGCAAGCAGCUAAGGAAGCCAAUGCUUUUGACUUUAUAUCUAGACUGCCUGAUAAAUUUAACACCAUGGUGGGUGAAAGAGGGGCUCAGCUGAGUGGAGGACAGAAGCAACGAAUAGCAAUUGCCCGUGCCCUAGCAAGAAAUCCCAAGAUUCUUCUUCUGGAUGAAGCUACGUCUGCAUUAGAUACUCAGAGUGAAUCCAUAGUGCAAGCAGCUCUUGAUAAGGCUCGGGCUGGACGUACCACCAUUGUGAUUGCUCACAGACUGUCUACCAUCAGGACUGCUGACACUAUUGCUGGAUUUGAGAAAGGUGUCGUGGUUGAACAAGGGACACACAGUGAACUGAUGCUGCAGAAAGGAGUCUACUAUUCCCUUGUAAUGCAGCAGGGUUGUACCAGUGAUGUCCAAGAUGAUAGCACAUCAGAAGAUAGUGAAAGCGUAGGAGCUGAGGAAUAUGAGGAAAACAUAAAUCCUGUGGAAGAGCUGACUCUUCAAAAUCAUUUUGAAACCUCUGUGAUACCAGGGAAAGGCAGCAUACGAAGAAGAUCCAGCCGAUAUAAGAGCAAGAGGAGUUCAUCUAAAAAACCCUUUGGAAAAAAGAAGAAACAAAAGGAGGUGGAGGAAGAAAAUCUCCCUGCUGUGCCUUACUUAAAAAUCCUGGCUCUGAACAAACCUGAGUGGUUCUAUGUACUGCUGGGAGUGAUUGCUGCUGCUGUCAUAGGUGCAGUCCAUCCUGCAUUUGCUGUUAUAUUUGGAAAAAUCAUUGGGGCUUUUCAAGAAAGAGAUCCAGAAAAAAGGAGUAAAAACACUGUGCUGCUUUCUUUAAUAUUUCUUGUACUUGGAGUGAUAAUCUUAGCAGCAUACAUUAUCCAAGGAUUCAUGUUUGGGAAGUCUGGGGAAACCCUAACAAUGAGACUGCGCUCUUUAUCCUUCAGAGCAUUACUUCAGCAGGAGAUUGGAUGGUAUGAUGACCAGAAAAAUGCUGUUGGUGUUCUGCUAACUCGUCUUGCUACAGAUGCUUCCCAAGUUAAAGGCGCAACUGGAAGCCGACUUGCACUGAUGACUAUGACUGUCUUUACCCUUGUGACUGCCAUCAUUAUUGCAUUUGCAUAUGACUGGCGGCUAACUUUGCUUAUCCUGGGCUGCAUUCCUUUUAUUGUUGGUGCAAAUGCUGUGAGUGCCAGCUCUAUGUCUGGUCAUGCUGCAGAAGAUCAAAAAGCUUUGGAGGAGGCUGGAAGAAUUUCAACAGAAUCUGUUGAAAACAUAAGAACUGUAGCUUCACUGACCAAGGAAGAAGCAUUUUAUGAAAGAUAUGUUGCUUGUUUGAAUGACACAUAUAGAAAAUCUAUGAGAAAAGCCCCUUUCUAUGGAUUUACCUACGGAAUAGCUCAAUGUUCAGAGUACUUUAUUAAUGCAGCAGUCUUCAGAUUUGGAGCAUGGCUCAUUGCUAAUGGUCUGACCAACUUUGAAAAUGUAUUUAUAGUCUUCUCUUCUGUCAUAUUUGCAGCUAUGAAUGUUGGUCAGUCUUCUUCCAUGGCACCAGACUAUGGUAAAGCUCGAAUGUCAGCUCAAAGAAUCUUUCAGCUUUUGGACAGAAAACCUCUAAUUGACAGUUACAGUGAACAAGGUGAAAAAUUGAGCCAUUUUGAAGGCAACAUUGAAUUCAGAAAUGUCCAUUUUGUAUAUCCAACAAGGCCAGAAGUUCAGGUUUUGCAAGGACUCAAUGUGAAAGUUAAAAAAGGACAGACUCUGGCAUUAGUAGGAAGCAGCGGCUGUGGCAAAAGCACAUCCAUUCAGCUCUUGGAGAGAUUUUAUGACCCUGUGGAAGGACAAGUGCUAGCAGAUGGAUUUGAUACCAAAUCUCUACAUUUACAAUGGCUGAGGUCCAGGCUGGGCCUGGUGUCACAGGAGCCCAUUUUGUUUGACUGCAGCAUUGCUGAAAACAUCCAAUAUGGAGACAACAGUAGGGUGGUUAGUCAGGAGGAAAUUGAAGAAGCAGCUAAAGCAGCAAAUAUUCAUGCCUUCAUUGAAAAACUGCCAGAGAAGUAUAAUACACGGGUGGGUGAGAAAGGGACACAACUUUCUGGAGGUCAAAAACAAAGAAUAGCAAUUGCCCGUGCUCUGGUUCGUAAACCUGCUGUUCUGCUUCUGGAUGAAGCUACCUCUGCUCUUGACACGGAAAGUGAAAAGAUUGUCCAGAAAGCUCUGGAUAACGCCCGGCAAGGUCGGACCUGCAUCGUCAUUGCUCAUCGUCUGUCCACGGUGCAGACAGCCGACAUCAUCGUGGUGAUCCAGAACGGCAGGGUGGUCGAGCAGGGCACCCACAGCCAGCUGCUGGCCAAGGAAGGACACUACUAUGCCCUUGUAAAUGCACAAGUCUCUAAUUAGCAUUACUUGCUGAGUUGUUGGGGAUUUUUAUUUUGUUUUGGUUUUUUUUUACGGGAAGACAUUAAAAUCUCUGCAGAGGAUUACUGUGGCUGUGUUUGUGCUGACCGAGCAGGAGCUGUGUUGCAGCCUGGCUGCUGCAUCCAGUGUAGCCCUCGGCCCACACAUCCAUGGGGAUGAGCAGUGCAUGCCUAGUGCUGGGUCACAGAAGGUGCACAGAGGAGUCCUAGGGACUGAGUGUUGAGCAGUUCAGUGUGUCACAUGCUCUGGAGGGUGUCAGACCUGGUGUAGUCUCACCCACAGCUCAGGUGGGUACCCUGCUCUCCCUGUCCCCCCAAACCCUGGCUCACAGCAGCUGCCAGAGACCAAGGUGAUAACAGAGCAUGACAGCAGAUAAGCAUCAUGGACAAACAACAACCUUGUGAUUGCUGUUCGGGUUUCUUCACCAGCCAGAUGAAGUCAUUAAAUCUUCUUUAGUUAAAGAUGAUUAUCAAUUUUUACUGAAGACUGAGAGUCCCAAAAAAAAAAAAAAAUUAAAGAGAAGGAUGUUGAUGCAUGGGUUUGGUUUUUUUCCCUACUUUAUGCCACAUUUCUCAUAUUACUGUGCUUCACACAUUUCUUGGAUAUUCAAUACUCAAAUUCAGACAGUAAUUAUAAUAGUUACAACCUUUCCAUAUCAAAAUAAACUGCAUAAAAGAUACCAUUGUUUUGU